AUGGGGGCGAACGUGAGUCACGCGGCGGCAGCGCCAUCCGCACCUCCGCCUCCGCCAAUUGCACCCGCGGGAGUUCCUCUGCCCCCCGCGGGCCCGGUUGGCUUGCAACAGGUCGUUCCGCCGGCCGAUGCGGCGGGAAACGCGGAGAAGCCUCCGGAGAAAGUGGACUAUCUGAAUCUGCCGUGCCCGGUGAAAUAUGAGGAGAUCCAACGAGAAGCACUUAUGUCGUUAAAGCCCGACCUCUUCGAGGGCCUUCGCUUCGACUUCAAUAAACCACUCAACCAGUCCUUCUCGCUCUCGCACAGUGUGCUGAUGGGCAGUGCCGAGGUGCCGUCGCAGUCGGGGGGCAUUCUGAAGGUGCCGCACUCGUCGUACGAGUUUGGGGCGAAUGUGCUGGACGCUAAGAAGAUGCUGAUAGGGCGGAUGGCGGACGGGAGGUUGAGUGCGCGGGUGAGCUACCAGGUGACGGACAGCGUGGCGUUGAAGGUGAACGCUCAGAUCGUCAACGAGCCGCACUUCUCACAGGGCAUGUUCCAGCUCGACUACAAGGGGUCGGACUACCAGUGGCAGGCACAGGCGGGCAACAACGCUUUCUACGGAGUGAACUACAUUCAAAGCGUCACACCCACGCUCUCUCUGGGAGGAGAGGCCUUCUGGCUGGGCCACCAGCGACGCUCUGGCCUGGGCAUUGCAGGGCGCUACAACACCGAUAAAGUGGUCGCGACAGCACAGGUGGCGAGCACAGGAGUGGUUUCCAUGACCUAUGUGCAACGCGUGUCAGAUAAGGUGGCCCUAGCAGCCGACUUUUUGCACAACUGGAACAGCAAAGAAUCGGCCACAAGUGUGGGAUAUGAUUAUAUCCUGCGCCAGUGUCGGCUGCGGGGGCGGCUGGACACCAAUGGCUGUGUAGCGGCCUAUUUGGAAGAAAGGCUCAAUCUUGGUGCUAACCUUUUCGUGUUGCACUUUCAGGUGGAUCACUGGAAAAAGGACUACAAAUUCGGAUUCGGCAUGUCUGUUGGGGAGUAG